AUGGCGGACAGAGUCGCAGAGAAGCCAUGCCGAGUUCUCGAGUUCUACAGUGGAAUCGGUGGAAUGAGAUACUCUUUAAUGGCGUCUGGAGUUGUGGCAGAAGUAGUAGAAGCGUUUGAGAUCAAUGAUGUUGCCAAUGAUGUUUACCAGCAUAACUUCGGACAUCGUCCCCAUCAGGGGAAUAUUCAGAGUCUCACUGCUGCUGACCUAGAUAAGUAUAAUGCUGAUGCUUGGCUUCUUUCUCCUCCUUGUCAACCUUAUACUAGACAAGGCCUUCAGAAACACUCUGGUGAUGCUCGGGCUUCUUCGUUUCUAAAGAUUCUUGAGCUUAUACCCCAUACGGCUAAACCUCCACAAAUGUUGUUUGUAGAGAAUGUUGUUGGAUUUGAGACUUCGGAUACACAUAUGGAAAUGAUUGAUACAUUAACAAAAUCAGAUUAUGUCACACAAGAAUUUAUUUUGAGUCCGUUGCAGUUUGGUGUGCCGUAUUCAAGACCACGUUACUUUUGCUUGGCCAAAAGAAAGCCUCUGUCAUUUCAGUCUCAGCACAAUAACAACAAGCUACUCUGGUCUCCAGGCCCGUUAUAUGGGCGUGAUGAUCAGGUGGAGUUUGGAAAAAGUCAAGCAGAAGAGGGCUUUGAAAACUUACUUGAGUCUUGCGAACCAGUAGAGAAGUUUCUUGACUUAACAACACAAGUAAACGGCGAGCCAGGUGGUUUUGACGAGUCUGAGAAUGGAUCCAGAGAUUGUGAUGGACAGGAAGAAGAUCUUGUCUCAAACUCUGUACAUCAAUAUCUAGUACCAUCAAGUUUGAUAGAGAGAUGGGGAAGCGCAAUGGAUAUCGUUUACCCUGAUUCGAAGAGAUGCUGUUGUUUCACAAAGAGUUAUUACAGAUACGUGAAGGGCACUGGUUCCCUCUUGGCAACUGUCCAGCCAAAAGUCAAGGGGAAGGAAUCUUGUUUGAAAGAGCAACGGCUUAGAUACUUCACCCCGAGAGAGGUAGCGAACUUUCACUCAUUCCCUGAAGACUUUGAGUUCCCAAAGCAGAUAAGCCUUCGACAAAGAUAUGCAAUGCUUGGAAACAGUUUAAGUGUAGCAGUCGUGUCUCCUCUGCUUCGGUACCUAUUCAGUUCUCCAGUCUUGACUGUGGAAUAA